CUUCUUCUGCACCUAUGAGCGUACAAGACAGGCUAUCGAGCCGCAUUCUCAGCCCCCAAUCCCCUAUCCAUGGUGCGCCUUUUCCAACGGCUAUGUCCGUCUGACGUGCAACCGAUACACAGGUACGAGUCGAUUUCUGGCAUUGGGGUAGACUUCUAUGCAGCUAGGCGUCGGUACUUGUUAAGUCGAUUUCCUACGACAUUUGGCCUCAUUGGUUUCGGUGAUGAAGAAGGAAACAAUAUUAGGCUUGAUAACCGGCUUCGAUGAUCGCUGCCGACUUGGGACUUUUGACGUAUCAUGUCGAUGCGAUAUAGUGCGAAGGCUCGGCAGUGUCCCGUGUCAAUCGCUCUUCGUUCUCGUCGGAAACAUCCAACUUAUAUCUCAGACAAGAUGGGGUACCGGCUCAAUACCAUUGACGUUGUGCAACAGCAGGCGGAGGUUGAGGCCAGAGGGCCCCCAGUGCUGCCAAAGCAGCCGGUACUAAGCCCCCUUGAGCCUGCGGGUGAUACUGAACCGGAGGCUGAUACGGGACCGGAGGCUCAUAGGCUUGAACCGGCGCUUGAUACUGAACUGGCUGCAUCUGGUACAUGCAAUAUGCAGGCGGGUUGUUUUCGGAGUCAUCGUCGGGGGUCGGCGGCUGUAUAGCGAUGCAUCGAUAAAUACCAAAUAAAACGGCCAUCCCUACUA